UACUUAGGUGAAAAAGGGGGAGGUACUGAAGAGAAUAAAACCCCCAACACAGUUGAGCUGUCAUCACAUUACAGCUGUGAAUAUACUCCAUAGAGAGUUAAGCAAGUCUUUACAUAACACAAGCCACAGUAACUUAGACCAGGAAACAAACCAAAUCGGCUUGUGCAGACCAGCUUACUAAACGGCAACUGAUAACCCCAGGAUCUUCUACUUGUAAUGCUGAUGAGGUGUGCGGUACUAGCCCUCUGCUGCCUCCUCAGCCUUCACCUGCCUCAUAUAUCAGGAACUUACAGAGAAGAAGGUUGCAGUUGCAAUGGAAGAUCAGAACAAUGCAGCUUUGAUGAGGCACUCUACAGGCAGACAGGAAAUGGAUAUUACUGCCUAAACUGCAAGGACAACACUGACGGCCAGUGGUGUGAGAGGUGCAAGGCUGGAUUCUACCAUCUGAGACAGGAGGAUACUUGCCUCCCCUGUAGCUGCAGUAUCACAGGUUCUGUAAAUACUCAGUGUGACAAAAAUGGCCAGUGCACCUGCAAACCAGGUACGACAGGUGAAAAAUGUGACCGCUGCCUACCUGGAUACCACCUGCAAACCAAUGCUGAGUGUACCAGAAACAGCAACAGUGCAGACAACUCUGGUUUGACAAGAUGUGACUGCGAUGUUGCUGGCACUGCAGGCCGCUGUGAUCCCAGCACAGGCCACUGUACUUGCAAAGAAUUUGUGGCAGGAGACAGAUGUGACAAAUGCAAGCCUGACUACUAUAACCUAGAAGCAGGAAACCCCUCUGGUUGCACUAAGUGUUUCUGCUUUGGACACUCCGCUAACUGUGUUAGUGCAGAUGGGUACAGCAUCCAUACAAUACACACAUCCUUUGAUAAAGAUUCUGAAGGUUGGAAAGCAGUGAAACUCGAUGGUACCCCAGUCAACCCUAAAUGGUCCUCACAAUUCAAAGAUAUCUAUGUAAACACAAGGACUGUCUCUCCAGUUUACUUUGUAGCACCUGCUAACUUUAUCAGGAAUCAGCAUUUGAGCUAUGGACAGAAUCUGACCUUUUCCUUAAGGAUAGACCGUGGAAGACGUCAACCAUCUCCUGAAGACAUAGUGCUGGAAGGUGCUGGUAUGAAAGUUAGCACAUCACUGGUGCCACUGCGGACUGUCGUGCCUUGUGGAAUCAGCCAGAAUUAUGUACUGAGGCUCGAUGAACAUCCAAGCAGUAAGUGGAGACCCCAGCUCAGCAACUUUGAGUUUCGACGGCUGCUGCAUAAUCUGACAUCCAUCAAGAUCCGUGCAACCUAUGGAAAUCACAGUACUGGAUAUCUUCAUAAUGUUACACUGGUGUCAGCUCGACCUGUUUCAGGUGCCCCAGCCAGCUGGGUUGAGAUAUGUACCUGCCCACCAGCUUACCAGGGUCAGUUCUGUGAGAAAUGCGCUGUUGGCUAUAAACGUGAGUCCCCUCAUCUUGGGUCUUUCAGUACCUGUGUGCCAUGUGACUGCAAAGGAGGACCCUGUGACCAAGAAACUGGGGACUGCUAUUCUGGGGACCAGACACCAGAAGAGGAAUGUGCAGACUGCCCUCUGGGUUCAUACAAUGACAUUAAUGAUCCUCGUAACUGCAGGCCAUGUCCAUGUCCUACAAACUAUGGCUGCUCUGUUAUGCCAGAGACAGAAGAAGUGGUCUGUAACAAGUGUCCAGGAGCCACAACAGGUAUCCGAUGCCAUUUAUGUGCUACUGGGUACUAUGGUGACCCUCUUGGAGAAUCUGGGCAAGUGAGACCUUGCAAGCCAUGCCAGUGUAACAAGAAUGUUAAACCAAAGGAGCCUGGGCACUGUGACCACCUGACAGGAGAAUGCCUGAAAUGUAUGUACAACACAGAAGGUUCCCACUGUGAGAGAUGCAAGGAAGGAUAUUAUGGCAAUGCUCUGGCAACAAACACUAUGGAGAAAUGCCAAGCUUGUAAAUGCAAUCCGGUGGGCUCUUUGUUCAAGCAAUGUGGCAGGGAUGGACAGUGUGCGUGCAAAUCUGGGUUCCAGGGACUCUUCUGUGAGCAGCCUCUAUGCCCUGACUGCUAUCGACAAGUAACACGCAAGGUAGAGCAGCACUUACAGAGGCUGAACGACUUGGAGAAUGUGCUAGCUCGCAUUGAGACUGGAGAGUUCACCUCUUUACCUGACUCAGAGUUGCAGGGCCGCAUCAGAGAAGCCGACUUAAUCAUAUCGAACACACUGAAAGACGCUCGAGCAGCAAAAACAAUAGAUCAGAGCUUACAAAACCACAUAACAAACAUUAAGAAUGACCAGUCUGCUCAGACAGAUCGUUUGAAGCAAAUCAAGACCACCGCAGACCAAGCUGAUUCUCUAGCUGGUCAGUAUAAUGAUCGCCUACAGUACACUCGGGGACAAAUACAAGAAACCAGGGCAAAACUACGACAAGCCAGAAUGGAACUUGAUAAAGUGGUUGUUCCAGUCUUUGAUCUGCCCACUGACACCAACGCUCUCAUGGUGAUGGCCCAACAAGCUGUGAAUCUGGCUAACAAGCAUAAACAAACAGCAGAUGAGAUUGAUACUUUGGCCAAAUCUGCCAAAUCUUCCUCUGGUGAAGCUUUUCAGUUACUUCAGUCAUCUCUGCUGGGGCAGAGUGAGCUUACGAGUGCUAUCCAGGACCUUGGAAGGAGAUAUGACAGGAGCAAGACAGAUGCAUCAAAGCUGGGAUUAGGAGCUAACAGAGCAAACUCAGAGGCAGACAAGGCCAGUCAGGAAGCUCGGAGAAUACUGACCGAUAUUGCAAACUUACCUAAGGUUAACAUCAAACCAACUGAGACUCAGGUGGGCACACUGAAAUUUGAAGCCGAUGGCCUUGGCAAGAAGGUUGACGGAGUACUAGCACAGUUGUCAGAAGUACAGGCGAACACACAAAAUGUGAAGGACAAUAUUCAGAAUCUGUUUAAAAAAGAAAAGCAAGAUGGACAGGUGGCUGGCCAGCUUCAGGCUCGGGUAGAGAAUGCAAAGACCAGGGCAGAAGAUGCUUUGAAAUUAGGCACCUCCACAAUGAAUGACGUGGAUGGCAUUUUAAAAGCAUUUCAAGAUUUCAAUCAGAAAGUGUAUGAAAGCAAAGCUGAUGCUGAAAAUGCUAUGGCGAAAAUACCCAUCAUAGAAAGAACUAUCCGAGGUGCCAAUGAUCAGAUCGACCAGGCAGAGAUGGCUCUAGGAAAUGCCAUCAAGGAUGCUAAAACAGCAAGGGAGACAUCAGAAAAUGCAAAGAGUAUUGCUGCAAAUGCUGAUCUGGAAGCCACAAGAUUAAGUGAUGACCUGAAAAACAGUCUGGAAGGUGCUUUGCGCCUGAAAGCAGAUAUAGCACGUUUAGAACCAGUGAUGGCAGCUGCGGAAAUGGAACUUCUGAAAAAGGAGAGUGAAGCAAGACGUGACAAGGCAAAAGUGCAGGAGGUUUCUGAUGAUGCAACAAGAGCCACAGCAUAUGCAAAGGCCACUGGGGAUGAUGUCCAGGACACAAUGACUCUUAUCAACCGUCUUCUGAAUCAACUAGACAACCCUGGAAGUAUGGAUGAUGAGCAACUGACAUCGCUUGAAGAAAGCGUAAAGAGAACCAGGACACAGAUCAACAGUCAUAUCAGGCAGCAGAUGACGCAGUUGUCUGACAUUUGGCAGAGACAGAAUGAACGGAUAUUUAACUUGGACCAGAGUAUUGACAACAUUCUCGUGGAUAUUAAGAACCUGGAACAAAUCCGGGACUCACUGCCUAUGGGAUGUUAUAACACACAAGCAAUAGAAAGUCCAUAAAUGAAUGCACUUACCUUUACAGACUGACUGCCUUCUUUUAUGAAGUGCAAGCUAUUUAGUAUCUUCUCCAGCCACUAACUCAGAUUUUAUAAUUUUUUGGAGAGUAUUUUGCACAUUUUCAGCACUUCAUAUAUUAAAGCAUCCAGUAUUUUUGUUGUUUUAUUGUGAGGUGGAGCAGAGACACUUGAAAAUACAUAUGUGCUUUUUUAAAGAAAUAUAUUUUUUGCUAUUUAAUAAAAUAUGAGUGAUGGUAUUCUAGUGUUUUUGGGACACAACAUCAGUUCACUUGUUUCACAGUGAGGAUUUUCAGAACUAGUGCCUGAUAUCUGCAGACAUGUUAAUUAAUGGAUGCUAUUGUGACAGUGCCAUAAAUCAACGUAUUUGCCCAGGUACUCCUGCUCUUCCUCCCUUAAAAAUAUUUUUUGCAAUUGCUGGCUUAGUAUGAUCACUUACACCUUAAUUUCAGCCACACUGGUGAACUUUUUUUCCUACUGUGAGCUUGUACUGGUAACCUUUGCUCAGAAUAUGAGUAAGUAAUCAGAGCAAGACAGGCAUGGAUUUGAAUGUCCCCAUAAAUCAGGUCUUCUCCACAUCAUAUCUCUUAACCCUUUAACACAAAUAAAAGGGACAAAUGAAAAAAAUAAUGAGGGAUAAAGACACAAAACCAAGGGCACAUUUUAAACAGUGGUCUUAUGUAUUUAGAAAGUUGCUAGAAAAAUAGGUUUUUCCAUUAGUAUGCAUUUUUCUAAAGGACAUGAAGUCCGAAACUCAAAUUUCUGUCAUUAUUUAGUGACUGCAGGCCUCAAUCAUUUGUCAGAAUGACAUGAAUUUUAAAAUGAACAGACCACAAAUGUAAGCAAAAUCAGGAAUAUUCUUUGACAUCAGAGACAGCGGAGAGCUAUGCUUCUUCUGAAGGAGGUUGAUCUUAUUAGUAGCACUGGUGAAUUGUGCCCUCCACCAAUGUGGAGCUAACAGUUAUGCCAUCAUUUCCGGAUAUCAUUGAAUGUGAACCUGUUGGACUGUUUAUGGAAAGUGCACAUGUAUGCUGGGACCUGCAGAUUUGCAGUAAGGUGCAGGGAUACUGGAUAUGCAAUAAAGGGAUCAUCAGGCUCUAUGACUCUGACCCCCAUUCCAUUAGACUGGAUUAACACAUAGAUCAUUCAUGUUGUACAUGGGGGUGGGUGGAUCCAUGGCUAUGGACCAGUAAUAAGACAGCAGUGCAGCAUGAAUUACCCAGUACAAUAGUCAGUGAGCAAGUGUACAAGCAUAUGACAUGGACAAACACAGAAAGAUGGCAGACACUGUUACCAGAAUUUGGGAUUUCAAAGUGUUGUAGUUGGAAUGGUUAUGUAUAGGAUUGAAUGCUGCAAAUUCUAACAGACUUGAAAGGGUCACAAGAAGUUUAAUACUCUUCACAUCUGGGUCUGGCAUUAUUUAAUUGGGAUGCCGGAUUAUUUCAUCUGCAUUUGUUAAAUGCCACUGCACAGCACUGCACUCUUAUCCAGGUCACCUGGGUCUGGCAUUAUUUAAUUGGGAUGCUGGAUUAUUUCAUCUGCACUUGUUAAAUGCCACUGCACAGCACUGCACUCUUAUCCAGGUGCAUACUGUUGUAUGGAAACAACAGUAAAAAUACAACGUUAUUUAAAUGGAAUUAGUAGUUGGGCUAAGGAAAAUGUGGCUAUUUCAAUGACAAGUGCAAAAGUAAGCAUAUGAGAGACAUUAACUAAAAUUAUAAUAAAUAAAGUAGUUCUGACUCAGUCUAGGAGUUUAGCUCUCAACUGUCCCUAAAUUUGCAGGAUGUCCCUGAUUUUGUUUAUAGUUUUGCCCUGUCCCUUGUUAAAGUUUUGAUUUCCGGGUGAAUCCCUGAGGAUUAUAGGCAGCCAGUAAUGAUAGUGAUUGGAGUUUCAUAGUUCUUAUUGUUUAGAAAAUGCAGUGUGAUGAAUACCUGUUGUUCUAUUAACUUUUUAAGUGAAUUAGAGUAAUAUUUAAAAUUGUCCCUGGUUCUGGGUCUUUGUCCCCUAUUAUUUUUGGCUUUAUCCCCUUUUUAAUUAAGAAAUCAAAAGAUAUUAAGAAGCGGAAAAAGAGUUAAUAGUAGAUAAUACAUAAUUAUAUCAAUAAAUAAAUAAAUAAAACUAUGAUUUUAAUGCAAA